CAUACUCGAUUUACAGCUCACGGACUACGGACGUGUGUGUUGGCUCCCGCUAUCGCAACAACGCACGCAGCAUCGUUAGAAUUUCUACGAGCAAAAGAGAGAGAGAGAGAGAGAGAGGGAGAUAGCAGCGUCAUCUUAGCUGAACCUGUUGCAUGCCGGGUUGCAGCCACGCUAUUGUCGUCACGUUUCAAGUUUAUUUAAACAAAUUCAAGUGCACAUUAACUGCUUAAGCAGACUACGUAGCGUUAGCAGCCACACAACAGUUUAUACAAUGGGCUCGAUCAACUGCAAGGAAUACAAGACGACAGGCAAUGUGACACCCAAACAGGAGCAGCCUGCAGGUGCCGUUGGCUCUUAUCAAUCCAAGUGCAACGCAAGCAGCAACAGCAGCAGCAGCAGCAGCGGCGAUAAAAUGUCUCCAACUCCAACAACACCCAAUGUGGAAUACACGGCUCCGGUGGCCGUUUGCCGUGCGGAUGAGCUGCAGGAGAAUGAAAUGAAGCAGCUGGACUUUGAUGAGAAUACGCGCAUCUUGGUGGUGAAGCAACAGGGACGCGUGCAUGCCGUCGGCGCCAAGUGCACCCACUAUGGAGCACCCUUGCAUACGGGCGCCUUGGGCGUGGGACGUGUACGUUGUCCCUGGCAUGGCGCCUGCUUUAGCCUGGAGACGGGCGACAUUGAGGACUUUCCCGGGCUGGACUCGCUGCCCUGCUACAAUGUGGAAGUCAAUGGCGAGGGUCAGGUGAUGGUGCGCGCCAAGCGCAGCGAUUUGGAGAAGAGCAAACGGCUGAAGAACAUGGUGAAGCGUCAGCCGCAGGAUGAGCGUUGCUUCAUUGUCGUCGGCGGUGGCCCAUCGGGUGCCGUCUGUGUGGAAACGUUGCGCCAGGAAGGCUUCACCGGCCGCCUGAUCUUCGUCUGCCGCGAACAGUAUUUGCCCUAUGAUCGUGUUAAGAUCUCCAAGUCGCUGGAUGUGGCCAUUGAGACGCUGCAAUUUCGCAAUGAAGCCUUCUACAAGGAACACGACAUUGAGCUCUGGCUGGGCGUGAGCGCCGACAAGCUGGACACGGCACAAAAGCAGCUGCACUGCUCCAAUGGAUAUGUGGUCAAGUAUGAUAAGAUCUACAUAGCCACCGGUUGCUCCGCCUUCAAGCCGAACAUACCAGGCGCACAGCUGGAGAAUGUGAAGACGGUGCGUGAGUAUGCGGAUGCCAAGGCCAUAUUGGAGGUGGUGACGCCGCAGACGCGUGUCGUCUGCUUGGGCAGCAGUUUUGUGGCGCUCGAGGCGGCGGCUGGACUGGUCUCCAAGGUGGCCAGCGUGCAUGUGAUUGGACGCGAGAAUGUGCCGCUCAAGGCGGCAUUUGGUGAGCUCAUUGGCGAGCGCAUCCUGAAGCUGUUCGAGGAUAACAAAGUGAACAUGUUGAUGCAGAGCGGCAUUACCGAAAUUUUGGCCAACGAUGCUGGCCAGGUGUGCGAAGUGCUGCUGCUGGAUGGCACACGUCUGCCCUGUGAUCUGCUCAUCAUGGGCACCGGCUCGACGCUGAACACGCAAUUCCUUGCGGACUCCGAUGUGCGGCGUAAUAAGAACGGCUCGGUGGACGUCACCGACUUCAUGGAGAGCAAUGUGCCCGAUGUGUAUGUGGGCGGUGAUAUAGCCAAUGCGCAUAUUCAAAGCCUGGCGCAGUCGCGCGUCAACAUUGGACACUAUCAGCUGGCGCAGUAUCAUGGACGCACUGCAGCCAUCAAUAUGUGUGGUGGCCUGAAGAAGCUGGAGGCAGUGCCAUUCUUCUUCACCAUGAUCUUUGGCAAGGGCAUACGCUAUGCGGGUCAUGGCAGCUACAAGGAGGUCAUCAUCGAUGGCAGCCUCGAUGAUCUGCAGUUCAUCGCUUACUUUGUGAAUGCCGCCGAUACGGUGACCGCUGUUGCAUCCUGCGGACGUGAUCCGAUUGUGGCGCAAUUCGCCGAGCUUAUCUCGCAGGGCAAGUGCCUGGGACGUGGACAGAUUGAGAAUGCGGAGAAUCGUCAGGCCUGGACAGCCAAGCUCAAGGAGCCGUUGCCGCGUGUGCGUUAAGCACCAACUACAAAAAUACUCGUUAAUGGGAGAUACUCGUGAGAUUCGCUUACACAUACAUAUAUAUAUAUAUAUAUAUAUUGUAGUAUAUAGACUCAACUCCAACUCUACCCCACAGCUUCAGCGCCAGUAUCAUUUAUGUUUAACUCUUGUUAAAAUUGUUGAGAUCAGCUCAAGCUAAAGCUCAAGCUCAGCUCAAUGCUUGCUUAUAUAUUUUUUGCCUAGCUCUGAUCUUGUAGCAGUAACAAAAAUUAUGUUGUAUUUUUUUUAUUAAAAUUAAACUUUUAAAAUCA